GGUUCGAAGGUGAAAUCAACAAGGCGAUAUUUUCACACAGGAGAAUAUUCAACGUUAUUCGACGCCCCAAUGGUAUAGAGUUCCAGACUGAAAAUGGAUCCAUUUACACAGAAAUUAUUAGCAAGAACUCAGGCAAGAAAAAACCAGCUUGUUAAGAAGCGUGAAGAACUGGAGGCAUGCAGAGCAAAGAGAAAUUCCCCCACUCAUGAUAGACCUCGGCGUCCACUGUCAGAAGACAAUACUGACAGCGGCUCAGCUGAUGUUGAUACUGAUGACAUUAAAAGACGCAGAAUUGGCAGUGAGGACAGUGGCAAAAGUGCUAUUUUGAAUAAUUCCAAGGACAUUGAUGCUAACAGCCCAUCAGUUCAGGCAAGAAAAGAAAGGCUGAUGAAGAUGCAACAGAAAGAUCAAGAAAAUGGUGCAACACCAAAGAAACAUUGGAAAGCUGUAACUCAAGGAGCUGGAGUGAACAAUUCCAAUGUUAGCAGCCCUAGUGUAGCAUCACGAUCUGCAACAUUUCAAGCCAAUGCUGCAAGGGAUCAGCAGAAGGAGAAUAUCAAGGACAAGAAACAUCUUGAGCUUCAGACAUCACAUACCCCUGGUAAACUGGCUGAGGCACGGAGUGUGUUUGAGAAUAGCAUGUCAACAAAAAACAAAGUGAGUGAUGAAAAAGACAAAUUUGUACCUCCCCCUAAGCCCCCAAGAGUGGCAGUUACUGAAGACAGCUCUGAAAAAAGCUCUGAAGAACAGCUGCAAGCAGCUAAGAGAAGAGCUUUAUCCCCACCAAAGAAUACAAAAGAAAACAACGGCGGAAAUCAUAACAGCAACUCUGUGAUCAAACGGAAAGCUCCAGACCCUCCUACAACUUUUCAGGAUCAAAGCCAGUUUAAGAAUGACAAUAGAAGUGAUAUGAAAAAAAUCAGCAAAGGUGCAGGUGCGAUAAAGGAUGCCAAAGCAAGAAACAGUCAGCAAAGUUCAUCUGCUGAUGAGGAAAGCAAUGGAAACUAUCCCCCUGUUCUAGUCAAGCGAGACAGGAGAGGAAGUGUUGAUGAUUUAGAUGACGUCGACAAAUCUGAUGGUGAUCAACCCACUCCAAAACCUCGAACAAAAGUGAUCAGCUUGAAUGAAGCAGACAAUAAAACACAAGAAGAAUGUGCUGAUGAUAAGAAAGUGGAAGAAAAUAAAACAAAAGCAACCUCAGAUAACAGAGUGACUAUUGUUGCAACUCCAGUUGGCAGUGAAGAGAGACUGGAGCUGAAUCAUGGAAAGCAAUGGUCAGAAGAACAACCAUGUGUCAUCCAGGCCUGUGUGAUUGAAGAAGAAAACCCAAAAGCUGUUGCUAAGAGUGGAAGCAGUAGGAGCAUUGUUACUGUCCAAGCAGUUUCUCAUGAUAACCCAGAAGGAAAAAGGAAUGCAAACAGAAGGGAUAAAACCCAAGUUACUGCAGUGAAAGAAUCUAAGACAGAGAAACCUCCAAGUGCCGCAAAACUAGCUGACCAGGACUCCAAACAGGAAGUUGCAUCUGUUGUGUGGGAAAAGCAGGCCCAAAGCUCUUCAAAGAAGCAAAAAAAAUCUACUAAAAAAGAGGAGUUUGCAUUUAAGGUUCCUAGAAGACCUACCAAAGAGUCCCACUUUGAUCCAAAUGAAACUAUCAACCUUAACGAUGUUGACAUUCAUGAAAUGACAUUCACCUUUGAUUUUGGUCAGUUUGAUGAGCUGGAAAAAGAGAGAGAGAGUAUCUUUAAAAUGAGCUAUGAAGAGAAGUAUAAACAGCUUGAGAAAGAACAAAAGAAAGAAGAGAAAAAGAGGAAAGAAAGUGCCUCAGCAUCUUCCAUGGGGGCUGAUCGAGAGGAAAGACGGACCUACCAAUCUGGAUACAACAGUCAGUCUAGUGAACAGUAUGCCACCAAGACAGUACACAAGCCUAAACAGCCAAUACCACAGAGACCAAAGAGAAUACAGGAUGAGAUUAAAGUUCUCCUUGAGGAAGCAGCGUACCAACAGAACAUUGUCCUUCAGGCAAGUCAGGCUCUGAACUUGUGUGUUGCAAAUGACAUCACCUUUAAAGGCUCCCGGGAAGAAAUUGAAGCAGAAAGAGUUUUAUUACUCGCAACUGAGCACAGAACAGCAUGUCUAGAUGAGGUCAACAAAUUGAAAACUGGGGAUGGAGCUGGUGAUGAAGAUGCACAGGAAUUUAAAACAAUGAACAGCAGUGGUUCUGGGAUGCCAGCCUGUACAGCAACCUUAUCCUUGUCAGGUAUCAAAAUCACUCUUCGUCAAGAACUUAUGGAUAUGCUAAGAGUGGGUGUCAGAAGUGAUCUUGGUGUGUUUUACUUCGUUUGCAUCAUCCAGCAUGGUACACAUGAGUUUUACUGUUCCAGAGUUUUAUCAACAAACGAUGCCACUGAGGGAAACUUCUUGGUGUUCCCUGAAAAGUUUACGUUGAAAGACUUGAGACCAGAUUUUACUGUUGCUGUGAAGCUUUUCUGCAUGAAUGUAAAGAAGACGUUGAUGCCUGGGCCUGUAUCCACUCCAACCAAGCACAAGAUCUUCCAGUCACCUAAAGUUGUGAAAGGAAUGCUUGCUGGUCGGCGCACAUCAGACACUCCUUCACCAGCAACUCAAGUUCUGGCAUCACCACAAACAGUGUUCAGAACUAGUAGCUUUGUGCCUGUUGGAGUGACACAUGUUAACCUGCCAAUCAUCAAAUCAAAACAGUUUUCUCUUGAUAAGGUGCCUGACACUUGUCCUUUGACAAACUUCUUGGAAAUGAAGGUUGACUGCUCUCCUCAAUACAGCAACCGUGUCAAUGGAUUUCUGACCAUCUUGGAGGACAUAGGGGGCUAUGGAGCAUGGCAAAGAAGAUGGUGUGUGCUACAGGGAGCUGUGAUGUCCUAUUGGAGAUAUCCAGGAGAUGAGGAAACCAAAUCCCCAAUGGGCUCCAUCAAUUUAGCAGAGUGUAUCAAUGAAGAAGUCACAAGAGUGGCGAGAGACCUGUGUGCCCGUCCAAACACCAUCGAACUGAAACUCAGGAGGUCCUGUGGUACUGAAGUCAAGUACCUGUUGGCUGCUGAUACAAAGUCUGACCGUGCGACAUGGAUUGACAGUCUAAAUGAAGCACUCAGAGAUGGCCGUGCAUGGACUGGAAAGGAUAAUGAAGCCCUGUGCCCUGACUUGAGCCGCGUACACAAUCAAGAUGUACAUAUGUGUUCCAAGGCUACUGUCUGAGCAUUUUGGCUUUGUAUUCAUCUAGUGUGCUUCUUUUGACCUGGGAAUGCCUGUAGCAGCUUUGACAUAAAAAUAGAAAUGUUAUUCAUGCGGAAUGAACAAGUUUAUCAUAAUAUUAUUAUAGUUUCUACAUGGAAAUUGUAGAACUUGAUCAGCUAUCAGUUCAAAUGAGUAGUUGAUGCAUGAAUGUAAUUGUCUUUUUGCAAACAUUACAUUAAAUAAUUAUAGUAUUUAAGGCAAAUUCUGCAGAAUUUUAGAAAUAACUGUCACUUAAAUAAGUUUGUUAUAACAGUUGAAAUGUCAUUAUUAUGCACCAGAGCUGUUGUAAAACACAGAUCAGUAGGACCCCAGCAUAGUGAGGGUUUCAGUCUUGUCCAAAGGAUGGUUUCACAAUGCUGUAUUACUCACAAAAACAGGAAGGAAAUAACACAAGGGCCUUAAUGGUCAUUGUGUUAUGGUGUUUACCUCUCUUCCCCCCCCCCCUUAGUUUUCAUUGUAAAUGAAAGAUCUUAACUUUUUCUCCUUUGCAACCAUUCUCUUUGAGUGGCACUGCAUGGCAGUCCAAAGAAAAGUUGCAAAGGAGACUUGAGUACACCUUGGAUAUUCAGGAAUGUUCUGAGAUCAAUUUAUUUGACAAAAUAAUCAACUUGUUUAUUACUGCUUGGUAACACUUUUGCAUUACAGAGCAGUAAAUCAGUACUUUCAGUCAGUGGGAAUGUUUUUUACCUUAAAAUUGUUUGCAGUGGAUUGAUGGGAAAUUGAAAAGCAAACAGUGAAAGGGUGUUUUGAGCUGAACUUAUUACUUGCUGAAGGUCAUAUUUUAUCUUCAAUAAUUAAGAAGCAAUAAAGUAUGAUAAAUAUAGUGCAUACACAAAUUUUAAAUUAUGUUUUUGUAUUCUUAAUAAAGAUUUUUCUGCAUA